AAUUAUACAGUAUCAGUACCAAUCAAAACUAAUGCUUUUUUUUCACCCCUUAACAAAAAUAGGUAUUCAAGUUAUUUUUCAACCAUAGUUAAGAGACUUCGGAGUACAGUUGGAUGGAUUACGCAGGUAAAGUAUUUUUAAGUACAUGUGUACAUUGCAUCUGUAUUUGUGUCAAAUGUGAAAUAUAACUUUGUAUAAAUAUAAAAUACCGAAGCUACUUAAGUCAAUACAUAAUCACCUAAUGCCACUAAAGAAUCAAAGAUGACUAAAAUAUCGGAGAAAGUACACUUAGACGACAUUCUGGAGAAAUUCGGCGUAUGGGACCGUUACCACACUGUAGCGACGGUAUGGUUGACGCUAAUAAACGUGUUUAACUCCAUAGCGUACACCAACUAUGUGUUUAUCACCGAGGAGGUCAAGUACAGAUGCAAACAUUCUGAUAAUGGUUUGAACAUAAGUCAACAUAACAGAUCUGAAUUUGGAGACUGCCGAGUCGAUUCUAUUUGCACCGAGUGGGUCUAUGACGACCCGCGAAGCUUUGUGGCAGAGUUCGACUUGGCGUGUCAAGAAUGGAAACGGACACUGGUAGGCACCAUGCACAGCUUUGGAUACAUGGUGGGAUUGCUCAUCGUGGGACCGCUUUCCGAUAGGUUAGGAAGGAAAACUCUCACAGUGGUGACAUGUAUACUGGGGAGUUUCCUCGGGCUGGCGCGGAGCUUCACAACGAAUUACUGGCUGUAUGUGACUCUCGAGUUUCUGGAGGCUGUGGUUGGAGAUCCUUGCUCUUCGUCCUUUAUGAUGUCUAUAGAAAUGGUCGCAACGGACAAACGUGUAUUGUACACCACGAUCAGCGGCUUUGGCUACACAAUUGGAGGCAUUCUAUACCCUCUAUUCUACUGGCUCGUUCCUUAUUGGAGACACUUUCUUCAGGCAGUCUACGCACCUGGACUGCUUUUCAUUUUCUACAUAUACCUGAUAGAUGAGAGCCCCCGAUGGCUCCUAACUAAAGGGAAGAAAAACGAAGCUAUAACCAUCAUAGACACCGCUGCUAAGAUGAACAAAUUGCAGUUAGAAAUGGACAUAAAUCAGAUUUCUUACCAAGAAGAGAAAGGAGCAAAUUUUUCGAGAGUCCUACUAGAAACAUUCAAAUCCAAGUCAAUGUUAAAGAGAUUUUUCGUUUGCUCGGUGUGGUGGAUAGCUUCUACGUUUGUCAACCAUGGACUGACAAUCAACUCUAUAUCUCUGCAAGGAAACAAGUAUGUGAACUACGCAUUGACGUCCAUUGUAGAUGUUCCUGGACGAUUCGUUGUGGUGUACAUACUGAACAGGUUCAAAAGAAGGGUGCCUUUGAUAUUCACUUUCGUAGCAUGUGCCGCUCUGUGUGUUGCUCAACCAUUUGUUCCGAGCGCACUACCCUGGCUCUCCAUAACUUUGUACAUGUCGGGCAAGCUCAUGUCUUCGUUCUACUUCGCCAUCACUUACAUCUUCACAUCGGAGCUGUUCCCCACGUACACCAGGAACUCCAUGCACGCUCUGUGCUCCUCUGUGGGCAGGAUAGGCUCCAUCGUUGCUCCGCAAAUGCCUCUGCUGAUGGUGUACUGGUCCGGCCUUCCAUCAGUCAUCUUCGGCCUCGUUUCUCUGGCGGCCGGCCUGCUCACACUGCUGGUGCCCGAUACCGCAGAGGACGCAUUGCCAGACACCGUACACCAAGCGGAGAAGAUCGGCAAGUUUGAGGAGAACGAACUCGGAAAUAAGAGGCAACAAGAUGGCAGACCCUCCAACGCGCACGGUCCCUAUAGCCAACGAGAAAGACGAAUGAAUAUUCUUACAUGCGAUGUCACACAAGAUCACAUCUUGUAUUGAUCAAUGUGACAGACAUGCUUAGGAAUCCGAAUUGUAGAGCAUUUGUUGCCACAUGGCGUGUAAAAAAUAUUUCAUAGUGACAACGAUUGCAUAGCAUUCGACUUCCACAGAAUUUCAUGUCAAAAUUGCCAUAUAAAAGUUAGGUGUCAAAUGAGUAUGACUAAGUGUCCGCGAACGCGGUGGGGAAUUUAAUUAAAUUGCAUAUUUAUACGUAGUCACGCUUAUCUACGAACGCCUGUGUAUAGAAAUAUAAUUUAUUUAAUAAAUUAAGUUAAAAAAUUAUAA